AUGAGUUACGAGAUUGUGACUCCUGCUGACAAUGCUUAUAUUAGUUUAGAAGACGACGGUACAUGGAAUGGUAUGGUUGGUAUGGUUAUGCGUAAGGAAGCGGAUUUUGCAGCUGGUCCAUUUACAAUAACCGCCGCUAGGGAAUCAGUGAUCGACUUCACAAAAACCUACAUGGAAGAAGGUGUGGGCAUUCUUACACUGAGGCCGCAGGUAGAGGCUAAUAAAGAGUACAAAAUGUUUAAACCAUUGUCUGUUACUGUGUGGAUUCUGAUUGGUGUAGCUAUAAUUGUAGUGGGCGUGGUUAUGUUUAUAGUAAAUAGAUAUAGUCCUUGUUCUACUGAGUUAGAAGAACAUCAGCACUACCUAGAGACAGAAAACUUGUCUAGUUCAAUGUGGCUUAUCUAUGGAGCUUUUGUUGAACAGGGAGGAGAUGCUCAGCCUAGAUCCUUAUCAGGCAGAGUUAUGUUAAGUUUCUGGUGGAUCUUUACUAUUUUGAUGGCAGCCACAUAUACAGCCAAUCUUGCUGCCUAUCUGACUGUGACGAUAAUAGAUUCACCAAUCAACAGCCUAGAGGAACUGGCUAGACAUGAAAACAUUCGACCAUUGAUAUUUACUGGAGCGAAUCUUCAUACUUUGUUUCAGACUGCAAAAACGUCAGUUUACAGACAAAUAUGGUCAAAAAUGGAUGAUAUGCCGAAAGCUAAUCAUUUAGAAACGAUAUUAAGCUAUGUAAGGACAAAUGAAUAUGCAUUAUUAUUAGACCACUCUGUUCUUGAGUACAUCAUGCUUCAAGAUUGUAAAACCUACGCUGUGGCUGACGAAACAUUCAACAAAGCAGGGUAUGGAUUUGUUCUACCAGAACAUUCUAAUUAUUUGAAUGCUUUUAACAUAGCGAUCAUGAAGAUGACAGAAGCAGGACUAAUACAAAAAUGGCGAGAAAUAUGGUGGCCUAAAUCGGAAUCUGACAGCUGUACAAGCACAGAUAGGUCUGGAUCUGCCCAGUCACUUGGAUUGGAUAGUUUAUAUGGCCUUUUCUAUGUAUAUUUCGGUGUUGUCGGUAUUGCAAUUCUAUCAUUUAUAGUAGAAUUACUCUGUAGUACCAAAACUUGUCGACAGUGCAUGUCCGUUGCUUUAGUUAAGUUCAGUUCGUUUAGGGGGAAAGUAGAUGACAGAAGCCGAGCUAAGACGGCAAAAGAGGAAAGUUAAAUCAGGAACUGGGAUUUUUUACAUAUAGGAAUGUGGUGUGAUAUAACCUUUUAUUGUUGUUAAAUAUUAAAAAUAUAUAUCUGAAAUCAAGGAUUUAAAAAAUCAGAACCCGAAGCAAACGAAUGAGAUAUUAAUCUUAUUUCGUCGAUUAUUCAUUAUUCGAAAAGCAAAAUUUCGGAAUAUCGUAUCAAAUAGGAUAUUUACAUAUACUACAUAUACAGCGAUGUUGUAAUGUUUCUGCAAAAACUAACUUUUUUUCAUGAACCCUUAUUGUUACAUUCUAGAUGUAAGU